AUGACGCCGCAAAUGCAGACAGCAAUUGUCCAGGCUCCGGCUGGGGCAUCAGAGAAACUCCCGCUGGUCAUUUCAAGAACGGAGAUGAUCCCGCGUCCGCCGUCAGCUCAUCAUGUCCUUGUGCGUGUGCUAGCCACAGCCCUCAACCCAAAUGACCACAAGAUGAUCAUACACUUCCCAUUGCCUGGCAAGGGGGCCGGCUGUGACUUCUGUGGCGUUGUAAUGGAACAGUCGGGUAACAAGGGAUUCGGCACUGACACCCAAGACACCCUAGCCCCUGGCACCAGGGUAUGUGGUACUGUCUUUGCCUACGCAGCAACCGAUGAUGGGAACCAACACCGUCGCAUUGGAGCCUUCUCCGAAUACGUGAUCGCCGACUCACGUCUCCUGAUCCAGGUCCCCGAGCAUUGGAGUGACCUGCAGGGCGCGGCUCUAGGGGGGGUGGGUUGGUCGACUGUCGGCCUGGCAAUGUCGCAUCCUGACCAUUUCCGGUUGUUAGGAAUCCCCUCACGGCCCGCGGAAACCAGGCUGCCCGUGCUGGUAUACGGUGGCGGUACAGCGACAGGGACCAUGGCAUGCCAACUCUUGAAGCUCUCUGGAUACGCACCCAUCGCUGUCACGAACUCGAGAGCAUCGGCAGCGCUUGCGAUGCACUACGGUGCCAGUGGCACAGUAUCUACAAUUGCUCGCGACGGCAGAGAGCCCCUUGAUGAGAUCCGCAGGAUUGCGGGCGGCGAGCCGAUCCGCCAUGCACUCGACUGCAUAACCGAUGCGGGGUCGGCAUCCUUCUGCUUCGCCGCCAUCGCACGCACAGGCGGGCAUUACGCAUGCCUCGAGCAGUUCUCCAACGAGUGGCGCACACGACGCGUCGUAAGCGUCAAGGAGGUGAUGGGCUACCAGAUACUUGGCCAUCAUGUCGAUCUUGGGGGCAUGAAAUCAGCCUACACCCGCGAGGCCAGCGAGGAAGCGUUCAACCUUGGUAGGCGAUGGGCGGCAGAGAUGCAGGAGUCGGUGAACCGAGGGUUAGUUGAGCCCCACCCAGUACAGGAGGUUCCUGGCAGAUGGGACGGCAUCUUGUCCGGGCUGGCUAUGUUGCAUGCCGGCAAGGUCAGAGGCCGAAAGUUGGUUGUACGGAUUUCAGUAUGA